AUUGAACGUCGCGGACUUGGACGUUGCGCUAUGUUGGCCUGUCAAUUGGAAGCGCUACUGGUUAGUAGGUGGAGCUUGAGUGUGCCGAUGUUACUGCGUACUGUCUACCGAGGUGGUCUACCGAGGUCAUCCUUCGAGAUUGGAGAGACGGCGGGUACGACGUCCCACUACGAUGGUUUGAUAUCUCUGUUUUUCAAAACAAGCUCAGCGUACAUGUUUCAACCAUUGAGGCUCAAAACUAACAACUACACCGAUUUGUGCUUACUCCACAGUUGCAACAAACACCUCUGUAACGGUAUUGACAAGUUCCACCGAUCUGUCUUGAUCUAGUACACACUACGCACAAUAGUUAAUGGUUUCUGUUCCUCGUGUCAGUCAACGAUAAUAAUAUCUACUAUAUGCGUAUCUUUUGGCAAGGAUUCUUGGCAUAGGUUCAUCUCAUACCUUCGUCGCUCACCUCCGUUUGUGUCCUAUCACUAAGCGGCUAUGGAGUUCUUGACAGCAAUUCUUCCCACUUGGCAUGAGAAGUUAAUGCGAAAAGCCCAGUUGAACCAAGAACAUCUGAACUGCUCCAGCCAGU